AUGCCGCAGUCUGAGCGCGGCGAGGGAAGAGCCAGAGGCUGGAGGCUCGGCGCUCCCCCACGGAGCUCCUGGAGGCGGGACCGUUACCCGCCUGCAGCUCGGAGCGAGCCGGGGGACCGGAAAGGAGGCGCGCCCGAACACUAUGGUGCCCCCGGAGAAGCCAGGAGGCGGCGGCUCCUCCUCGGCCGCGGCCUCAGGCUCAGGCCGGGGUCUGAGCGCGCCGCGCCGGCCGCCGCUCCCGUCCCCGGCCCGCGGGCUGCUGACGGAGAUCCGCGCCGCUGUGCGCACCGAUCCCUUCCAGGACGGCUACAGCCUGAGCCCGGGCCGGGAGCUGGGCAGGGGGAAAUUCGCAGUGGUGAGAAAAUGUAUAAAGAAAGAUUCUGGGAAAGAAUUUGCAGCAAAGUUCAUGAGAAAAAGAAGAAAAGGCCAAGAUUGUCGGAUGGAAAUAAUCCAUGAGAUUGCUGUACUUGAACUAGCACAGGACAGUCCCUGGGUCAUUAAUUUACAUGAAGUCUAUGAGACUCCAUCAGAAAUGAUCUUAGUUUUGGAAUAUGCCGCUGGAGGUGAAAUCUUUAAUCAGUGUGUUGCAGACAGAGAAGAAGCCUUUAAAGAAGAUGAUGUUCAAAGACUCAUGAGGCAGAUUUUAGAAGGUGUUCGCUUUUUACAUGUUCAUGAUGUCGUUCAUCUUGAUUUGAAGCCUCAGAAUAUUCUGCUGACAAGUGAAUCUCCACUAGGUGACAUUAAGAUAGUUGAUUUUGGCCUUUCAAGAAUAUUGAAGAACAGUGAGGAGCUUCGAGAAAUCAUGGGCACUCCUGAAUAUGUGGCUCCUGAAAUUCUGAGUUAUGAUCCUAUCAGCAUGGCAACAGAUAUGUGGAGCAUUGGAGUGUUAACAUAUGUCAUGCUUGCAGGCAUAUCACCUUUCUUAGGUGAUAGCAAGCAAGAAACAUUCCUAAACAUCUCUCAGAUGAACUUGAGCUAUUCUGAGGAAGAAUUUGAUGGUGUGUCUGAGUCAGCUAUUGACUUCAUCAAGACACUUCUAGUUAAGAAACCUGCAGAUCGGGCCACUGCGGAAGAAUGUCUGAAACAUCCGUGGCUGUCACAGAGCAGUAUUCAGGAUCCUUUCAAGGGGAAAGGCGCCUUGGAAGAAGGAAAUGCCCUCCAAGAAGGUGAUUCUGCGCCUGAAAUUAACUCGGAUUCUCAGAAACUAGAAACCAAGGAAUCAGGUGUAACAGAGGAGUUAAUUGUAGUUACUUCAUAUACUUUAGGACAAUGCAGACAAUCUGAAAAAGAGAAAAUGGAGCAAAAGGCCAUUUCCAAACGAUUUAAAUUUGAAGAACCUUUGCUACAAGAAAUUCCAGGAGAAUUUAUCUACUGAGCAGUAUUUCCAUUUAGAACUUUAAGAUUUCUACAUUGAAAACAUUAUUUAUUGACUUCUGGCCAAAUGGUAUGUGUACUGAAAGUGGAUGACCAGGUAUCACUGAUAAGAUCUAUAGUAACUGUCAAAUGUAUUGGGUUAGAGAAAUCCAGCCCAGACGUGUGGUUGCCAGCCAGGAGGUUUAACAGGGGAUGUAUCUGUCUCAGUAUUGUUUAUAAGAAGGGAGAUGUUUGAACUUUUUAGUUCUACCUUCUUUCUCUCCAGAAUGAGAAUUUGUUGCAAAGAUAUCUGUAUUCACUUUCUUUAAAAAUCCAAGUAAAAGUGCCAAAAUUAACAUCUUUA